AUGGCUUCCGUUGAAUCGCCCGUCGUACCUUACGAGGACGACCACAAGUCCUCUUCCUCGUCGCACAAGACCGACGAGGAGGCACAAAAGCCUGCUGUGGUGAUCUCAGAGGAGGAUGCUGAUGCUGCUGGCGCGAAGACCGUAGAGGCGACGUUCCGUGUCUUCGGGAAGUACUCGCGGUGGGCGCUGUUCAUUGGUCUUGGUCUUGCAGCGUACAUCUACUCGCUCGAUGGGCAGACGACGUACACCUACCUCGCCUACGCUACUUCCUCUCUCGGAGACCACGGCCUUCUGGCGACCGUGCAAACCGCACAGGCCAUCAUCAUCGCAUGCGGUAAGCCCGUCGUAGCCAAGCUGGCGGACGUCUCGUCACGAGGCUUUGCUUAUCUCUUCGUCCUGAUCUUCUACGUCGUCGGCUACAUCGUGAUCGCCUCUGCGCACAACAUCGAGACCAUCUGUGGCGGCAUCAUCUUGUACGCCGUGGGCUACACGGGACUUCAGCUGCUUACCCAGAUCAUCAUCGCCGACAUCACGACGCUGAAGUGGCGCGGACUUGUGUCCUCCCUCAUCUCUGCGCCCUUUAUCAUCAAUGCGUUCGUUGGCUCGAAUAUCUCCGCGCAGGUCCUCGAGCGCUCCGGAUGGCGAUGGGGCUACGGCAUGUUCGCGAUCCUCAUCCCCGUCUCGCUGGCGCCGCUCAUCGUGACGCUCUUGUGGGCUGAGCGCAAGGCGAAGCGCCUCGGCCUCGUCGUCAAGCGCGAGCACGAGCACACGCUGCACGUCCGUCUGUACCAUACCGCGCAAAAGCUCGAUGUCAUGGGUCUUUUGUUGAUCGGCACGUCCGUCGCGCUCAUCCUCCUUCCGCUCACCCUGGCGAAGGGCGCGAAGGGCGGAUGGGACAAUCCGUCGAUGAUCGCUAUGCUCGUCGUUGGCUGCGUUUUGCUCUUCGGUGUCGCCAUCUGGGACUUCAAGUUUGCCUCGUACCCGGCCAUUCCGAGGCGCUUCGUCAUGAACCGCAGUGUCAUGUUUGCGUCGCUCAUCGGGUUCUUCGACUUCAUUUCCUUCUACCUCAACUAUGCCUAUCUUUAUUCCUUCAUUCUCGUCACGAAGGAUUGGCCGCUGGUCAACGUCACGUACUUCACGUCUUGCCAGAGCGUCGCGCUCACCGUCUUCGGUAUCGGCGCCGGUCUGCUCAUGCGCUAUUUCAAGAGCUACAAGACCAUCCUCAUCGUCGGCCUCUGCAUUCGUCUUCUCGGCGCCGGUCUCAUGAUCCACUCCCGCGGCGCCAAUGCAUCCGACGCCGAGGUCGUCUGGACGCAGAUCCUCCAGGGCAUGGGCGGCGGUAUGGCCUCUGUCACCAUCCAGGUCGGCGCGCAGGCCUCCGUCACGCACGCGGACGUCGCGAUGGCCACCGCGGUCGUGCUGCUCAUAACAGAGAUCGGGGGCUCCAUUGGCACGGCGGUGGCGGGUGCGAUCUGGACGAAUCGCAUGCCCGGGGAGCUGGUGAAAACCCUGGGCGGGUUCCUCAAUCAGACGGAGAUUGAUACGAUUUAUUCGUCGGUGGCGGUUGCGGCGGCGUAUCCGAGGGGGGAUCCGACGAGGGAGGGGGUUAUCACUGCAUACGGCAACGUUAUGCACCUGAUGUGCAUAAUCGCCACCGUGAUGGCCAUCCCGCCCAUCAUCUUCGCCUGCUUCAUGCCCAACUGGAUCCUCGGCGACGAACAGAACGCCGUCGACAAGAUCAACCUUGCGGGAGAGCUGGAGAGGGAGAUGGAGAACCAGCCUGCUGGCGCUGCCAGUGGAUCCAAAGCCGUUUAG